AUGCAGGCGGGAGGCGCUGAAAUUUGGCCAGGUGCGGGUGCUGGUACCGCUGCAGGCACUGGUGGUUCAGAUGCGACUCCAGUCGCGGCGGCAGCGACCACGACAACGGGAGCUAGCCGCUCCUUCAGCGUACGCGACUGGGAGGCACGCCUUAGACAGGUUCGGGUCGACAAACGCGAUAUCAAUCGCCUCGUGAUGAACUAUUUCGUGGUGGAAGGAUAUGCGGAUGCAGCGGCUGCGUUUGCCAGCGAGUCGGGUAUGGAGCCGGGGGUGGACCUCAGUGCAACCCAGCAGCGGCUGGAAGCUCGAGCGCUCGUCGAGGAAGGUCGCAUCCUGGAGGCCAUCCAAAGAGUGAACGCGCUUAACCCUGAAGUUCUGGACUCGAACCCGACGUUGCACUUUCGUUUGCAAAAACAGCGCCUUAUCGAGUUGAUUCGACAGGGUUGUAUCGAAGAAGCGAUCACCUUCGCACAGGCGGAGCUGGCGCCUCUCGGACAGACCGAUGAAAGUUAUCUGGAGGAGCUGGAGAGAGCGAUGGCGCUCCUUAUCUACGAUACGGCAACGCAACACCCCGACACUUCCAUGGUUCAAGAACUCCUCGACGAACGACAGCGGACCCGGUUGGCGAGUGAGUUGAAUGCUGCCAUUCUGGCGAAUCAGAAUCAAGAGAUUUCGCACAAGCUGCCUCGCCUUAUUCGACUCAUGCGGUAUGCUGAGCGGGACCUGCGCAGUCGCGGUGUCGUGUUUCCUGAACUAGACCUGGAGACGGGCGUGCUACGCGAGUCGUCGGUGUCGGCGACUUCGACUCAGGCAGAGCCAGAGCCCAUGGCGGAUCCAUCGGCAUGA